CACUUUGAACCCCAGGRCACUUUCAGACACUAACCGCAAAAUCAUUUGAAACUAGGUUUUUCUCACGUUUGSAUGGCGUGGUGAUAGUUUUGCGAUAAGAGAAGCAARAAGUUGAUCACCAUUAUUGCUGGGAUUGUGUUAAGACGUAAAGCAACUUGUGGAGAACGAUAGAAAGUUUCUUUYGUUUUUCAUUGWUUUACAUUGGAAUUAUGGUAGAGAAGCUAUCUCAGGAGCAACUUUCUGAAUACCGUGAUGCUUUCGAGCAUUUUGACAAAGACUCGAGUGGUACAAUUACAACACGUGAGCUUGGAGCUAUCAUGCGAUCACUCGGCGAAAACCCGACGGAGYUGGAACUACAGCAAAUGAUCAAYAGUGUCGAUUGUGAUGGAAACGGUCUUAUGGACUUUGAAGAGUUCACCAAGUUGAUGGUAACACAAAACCAAUUCAUGAUGGACGACAAAGACUUAAUCGAAGCAUUUCGAAUGUUUGAUCGCGAUGGUCGUGGUUAUGUGAUGUCRUCUGAGUUAAGGACUGUACUUCGACAUUUAGAGGAAAACAUUCCAGAACACGAGAUCAACGAAAUGCUGCAAGACCACAAACAGAGUUGGAACAGGAAGAUUAACUUUGAUGAAUUCAAGAAAAUGGCACAAAUCGAAGCUGGGAACACAUU